AUGGGUAUGACCACUCUAACAUCCUCUGUUGUCUCCUUCUCCUUCAAGGACUUAACACCCUACUUCCUAUGCUUCCUACUCCUCCUCCUUCUCCUCGAACAGAUCUCCUACCUCCUCAAGAAGGGCUCAGUCCCAGGACCAGCCCUAGUGCCACCCUUCCUAGGCAACGCAAUCCCAUUGGUACGAAACCCAACAAAGUUCUGGGACCUGCAAUCCUACCUAGCCAAGUCCACCACCCUAGGAUUCUCCGUCAACUACAUCAUCGGCAACUUCAUCGUCUUCAUCCGAGACACCGAACUCUCUCACAAAGUCUUCGCCAAUGUCAGGCCCGACGCCUUCCGCCUCGUCGGCCACCCCUUCGGCAAAAAACUCUUCGGGGAACACAACCUCAUCUACAUGAUGGGCCAAGACCACAAAAACCUCCGCCGUAGGAUAGCCCCCAACUUCACCCCCAAGGCCCUCUCCACCUACACAAGCCUCCAGCAAAUUAUAAUCCUCAACCAUCUCAAGUCAUGGGUCCAGAAAGCCCAAGCCCAACAACACUCAAUUCCCCUCCGUAUCCUCGCCCGCGACAUGAACCUCGACACUUCCCAGACUGUCUUCGUCGGCUCCUACUUGGGCCCAAAAGCCCGAGAGCGCUUCGAGCGUGAUUACUUCCUCUUCAACGUCGGCCUCAUGAAGCUCCCCAUUGAUUUCCCCGGCACCGCGUUUCGAAACGCGAGGCUCGCCGUCGACCGCCUCGUCGGAGCCCUGGCCACCUGCGCCGAGAUGAGCAAGGCGAGGAUGGAGAAGGGAGAAGAACCUUCGUGCCUCAUCGAUUACUGGAUGCAGGACACUCUGAGGGAAAUCGAAGAGGCAAGGCUCGCCGGAGAGCACGUUAUGCCGUUCACCUCGGACGCCGAGAUCGGCGGCUACCUCUUCGACUUCCUCUUCGCGGCGCAGGACGCGUCCACGUCGUCGCUGCUGUGGGCGGUGGCGCUUCUGGACUCGCACCCGGAGGUGCUGGCGAAGGUGAGGGAGGAGGUUGCCGGAAUCUGGUCGCCGGAGUCGGACGUGCUGAUAACUUCGGAGCAGCUGAGGGAGAUGAAGUACACGCAGGCGGUGGCGCGUGAGGUGGUGAGGUUUCGGCCGCCGGCGACGCUGGUACCGCACAUCGCGGCGGAGAGGUUUCCGCUGACGGAAUCUUAUACGAUACCGAAGGGAGCAAUUAUUUUUCCGUCGGCGUUCGAGUCGUCGUUUCAGGGGUUCACUGAACCGGACCGGUUUGAUCCGAACCGGUUUUCGGAGGAGAGGCAAGAGGACCAAAUAUUUAAAAGAAACUUUUUGGCGUUUGGGGCUGGGCCCCACCAGUGUGUGGGCCAGAGGUACGCGUUAAAUCAUCUUGUUUUGUUUAUCGCCAUGUUCUCAACGUUGAUUGAUUUCAAGAGGGACAGAACUGACGGCUGUGAUGAGAUCGCCUAUGUCCCCACUAUUUGCCCCAAAGACGAUUGCAGGGUUUUCCUCUCUAACCGUUGCGCACGGUAUCCUUCCUUCCCUGUGGUGGAUGAGCUUGUCAAAUGA